AAUCACGGAAGAUCUACGUAAAAACAUUGCGAAACAACUGUUGAACACGUGUGUGUGCUGUUAAUUCACACGCUUAUUAAUAAUGGGAAGAUUAGCUCGAAAGAAACAGCACAAAGGGGACAAACCCUUGAAGGAGAAAUACAGAACAAAACGAAAAACAAAAGAUCUGGAUCAAAUCCACGAAGAUCUGCUACCACGAAAUGCUCCCGGUAUCUUAAAUCAGGACGUGGAUUAUGACAAACCUGGAGCUGCUCAGUAUUAUUGUAUACAUUGCGCAAGGUAUUUUAUUAACAAUACUGCUUUGACAGAUCAUUUUAAGACGAAACCGCAUAAAAGAAGAAUAAAAUCUCUUCAGAUUGAGCCAUACACCCAGGAAGAAGCUGACAGGGCAGCUGGGAUGGGGUCGUAUAAAAAGCCAAAAGUCGUCAAGGUUGAGACACAGCCAUUGAAAGAAGACAUGGACGUCGUAGACCUACCAACUUAAAGACAUCUUUAUUGCAUGACUGUGUGGGUCUCAGAGGAGUGAGUGUGUGCGUCUCAGAUGAGAGAGUGUGUGUUGAUUCUGUUCAGCAGAUGUAAUAAAAUGCAAUGAACUUAAUUA